AAUAAGUUGAAGUAAAUUUGCAUUUUUUUGCAUCUCCUGGCUGCAACCAACGUAAUUGGCGCAGUCGGUAGGAUAGUCUAAAAUAAUAGAGUCAGUGAAUCGAUCACCGAUAAGGGCUAUUAGAACCUACUUGAGUUGCGGCGAGGUAGAGUAUCCGAAAAUCGAUACAGCAGAGAAAUGCAGAUGAUUUGACUGAAUAUCUUGAUGGGCCAUAUGAAUAUUGUCCAAUAAAAAAUGAGCAUGGAUCCUGUUCAACAUAUGAGAAAAGGAAACCAAUUCCCACAGAUACACUAGAGAAGCCAUAUGAAGAUGUAUAUAAAACACAUGGUAACUAUUUGGUGAUGGUUGCAUCACUGGAAGAAAGAUGGAAAGCUCUUGCCUCUCACCUUCCCAUUUCAACACUGUCAUGUCUUACAAGUGUCCAUUAUUGUAUAUUGGAAUUAGUUGGAAAAGGAAGAGAAAAUGGACAAAUGACAGUGGGUAAAACGAACUUGAGCAAGAUAAUAAACGAAUCUAAACACCUGUUCUAUAACCGGAGACAUUUACAACAAUUGAAUUUAGUGAAAACGCAGAGUAUAACACAGAUUUUUAUGGGUAAGGGAAUGAAAACCUUGAUGUUGCGCCUACCACGUUUUCACCAACCAUUAAUAAAAUCUCAGCCAAAACAAGGGAAAAUCUUUGAUAAAAUAGAAUACUUAAAAAACCAACCAAAUUUGUGUGAAAUAAAUGAUGAGAUGAUUCGUAAAGGGCUUUUAACACCAAGUGAAAGUAAGAGGCUGCAGAAGACAGUAAAUAUAUUUAAAUUUGAUGAAAGAGAAACAGAAGUUUUUUCUAAAAGCAAGAAAUCUAAAGGUACUACAAAAAAGAAAUACAUUUCUUUGCAAUACAUCAGUGAGGAAUCUUCGAACUCUGACGAAGAAUAUAGCAGUCCUGAGCUUAAAUGUCAGUAUAAAGUUGGUGUGAGUAUCAUAAGGCAAGCAUACGAUUGCUUUUUAGAAGCUGGGCUCAAAGGCUUAACGCAGAUAGAAAUUGCCCAACUGCUAGGCGUCGAGUUUUACACAUGUAGAACAAUUUGUAGGAUUUUUAAAAAAAGGGGUCUGGUACGGGAAUUUUUAGAAGAUAAAGGACGACAAAGAACUGCUAGAUAUAUUGCUAUUGCAGCAACUAACGAAAUUGAUAUGAAAUUUGCUGCAGAAAAGAAGAAAUUAUUGGAAUAUUUACACACUAACAAGAGAAAAUCUGAGAAUAUUGAAUCGAAUAUCGAAAAGAAAAAAGCGAAAUUAAGUAAAGACAGUACAGACACAGCAGUUGAUGAUAUAAGCAGUAGAAUUAUACCAGUCACACUUAUUGAUGGGAUAAAAAACCAAAAUUGUGGCUCGUUAUUAGAUAGUUCAAAAAAACCAACAUUACGACAGUUGAAAUUUGCGACGGGUAUUUUGAAAGUGGUUAAAGAAAAGAAAAUUGUUGCUGGUUAUCAGACAUUAUCUACAUUGGUAUCUCAAGAGACUGGGGAACCAGCGAUGGAUACAAAGUCACUAAAACUGUUUUUACAAAAACUGAUCACAGAUGGUCAACUAAAAAUUUAUAAACUGAAAAUCUCAGUCUUUGAUAAAGAAAGGUAUUGCAUAAACAUCUGUCCACCUUCCAUUAUGCCAGAUGAUCCAUUACUGAGAACCAGAUACAAAGAACUCAGUAUUAAAGCUAAGCACAAUUAUAGGAAGACACGAGUGAACAAAGUUAUAAAUAGGCCAAUGACUACCUACACAUACCCACGCUAUCUGAAAGUCCAAAAACUGCAUGAACAUAUUAUUAAACUUACUCAUUUCAAUACAGUAGAGUGCAACCUCGAACCUGGCUUUAUCUCUUUAUAUGAUAUAAUACCAGAAAUGACUGUUGAAUGUGCAUUAGGUAAUAUAACGUUUGUAAAUGCUGCAUAUAAUGUGGUCAAUUUAAAAAUAAGCGACGUUGUUCUAGAACAGAAAUUAAAAAAUGCACCUGAAAAUAUCAGAAAUAUGGUAUUGAAUUCAAAAAGUUUGCAUAACUCAGUAAGAGAUUGCCUCAAAAUCCUAGCAGUCCUAGGACUCGUUCAACUUAUUGGUGAUCCAACAUCGAAAUCGGCCGAGCAGGGCAAUUUCGCAAAUUGCGUGUUUUAUGUAAAUCGAAGAGCUAAAAUACUGGAUACGACUGGUGUAUGGCCCCGAGCAAAUGAAAAUUCAGCAGUAUUAGAAAACUCAUAUUACUUUAAUACCUUUGAUGACGUAGUCAGCUUUUGGGAAACCGUACAAAAAAUAAGCGUUAGUACGACAAUAAUUACUGGUACUCAGCGCUGUAAAUAUAAAAUCGUUUAUCCAAUACGAAGACAGCAAGAUGUGCUUGACAAUGACGUUGGUAAACGGUUUGGAGAUGGUUGUGGCCCCUGUGGCUUUGAUUCUUCAAUUUUUAUGGACCUAACGCGAUACUGGCGUUCAUUUGCAAACAGAAAUAUGUCUCCCAGGUUUUUGAGUAUAAUGAGAGCUCAAACAAAGCCUGAAAAAAAUUUAAAAGAUAAAAAGAAAGUGAGAACACGAAAGGUUAGAUCUCGUGCCUCUCGGUCAACUGCGAAAACCAAAACAGCAGUGAAGGAAAAGAUAAAGCGAAAAAAUAGAACUGAUCCUUUAGUGAAAUGGACAAAACAAGAUGAUAAGAUACUUACCAUGCUGAAAGUAGUAGUAGCAAUAAUGGGACCAGUGUCUGGUUGUAUCACGGUUAGAAAUAAUGUGGCUAAACUAAUAUUAACAUCUAGGGAUCCAAAAAAAAUUGCAUCUCUUUGCCAUAGACGAUCUGUCCAUCUCGAAAACAAUCCAGCCUUGUUGCAUGAAAAACUUUGUGUUUUAAAUGAAUUGCGACGGCGUCGAAGCUUAAUUGAAAAAUACGACGGUCUGUUUAAAGUAUUGCGUCUACGGCAUUUUGGUAACUUUCCUAAAUUUAUACAAGAAGCAAAGUUGCAUGUGAUGGAAUUACUUUGGAUCUCUUUACAAGUAGCUAAAAUUAUUCCGUUUAUUCAGCGUACACCAUCAGUUGCUGCAAAUCUUGAAGAAUUUCAUAGUAAAUAUGCCAUCAACGCAACAUCUGCUCACAGGUGCCUCAGUUCGUACAUUACUACACUAGAUUCAGACCCUACACUAGCUGUCUUAAAAGAAGGAAUUAUCCUGACCGUCAUGCUUUCAUUUUAUAAAGAAAUAAAUGCAGAGACAUCACAGCAAAUUUACAAAAUUUUUAAAAAUUAUACAGAAAAAUAUUUGCGUGCGGCAAUCGAAGACCUACGAAAGUGUGGAGCAAUUUCGGCAAAAGAAAAAGUAUUCAACAGUCAUUUAAGUAAAAUACACUACAAUGAUAUUGUUCAGUCGUCGUAUAAAAUGUCAUUUGUUUAUAAACGUCGAUGGCAAAACAGACUGUUAUUAAAAUUUUGUGACAGUUUUGCUCAAAUAAUAGACUCCGAAGUACCACAGAAUGGAAUUAAAGGGUCAUCCGUGAUCAAUUGUUUGUUUUUUGAAAUGCAGGCUUGUGACUUAUUGGACAUAACAUCUGUAACAGUUCCAGUUAUAGUCGGUUCAGCUGGAUCCUUGAUAGAGGAAGAAAAAUUGAAUGUGAUUGAUAUCGAGGCGAAGUUUAAACUAAAAUCAGGCACAGUCGGGUGGACGGAUCUAUCAAAUGUAAAGAAAUUCUCUAAUUUAUGGCGAGAUCAUCCCAUAACUUCCAUAUUUGCUUCAAUGUCUAGCAAUUUUUGUGUCGAUGUAACUGUUGGUGAUGAGGUGAAAAUCGUGGAUGAAACUUCAGUUAUUGUGGACUUUGUCGAAGGUUCUGGUGAAACAGGGCGCACUUUUAAGGAGUUGCAGAAUUCAACUGGCUUGGAUAAUGAUAUUCUGAGAGAAAAACUGACAGAGUUAGAAUCUGCCAACAUAAUAAUCCGUGUGGGUUACUUUGACAACCGUGUUGUUCAUAAGAAAUUUGUGAAAACCUGGCUCUUCCAAACAGACCCAGAUAAAUACAUAGUGCCCGCACCAUGGCUUAAUCUAUCCGGAGAAAUUCAACAUAAGAUAUUCCUGAAUUGGUUAUCCACUGUUAUGAACAAGAUAUUCGAGUGUCCUGGGUCAUCGAUACAAUUCCUCUGUGAGCUCUUCGAAUUCAUAUCAAUGAGAAAUCUCACAUAUUUGUGUACAUUCUUGGAGAAGUGUGGAUUUGUUUCAAUAAAAUGCAUCCGAACUUCAGAUGUAGACUUGUUUUCAGACGACGAUAGUGUGCAAGAGUUGGUUGAUUAUAAUCCAUACGAAUCCUAUGAAUGCACUUUAGUGUUUCCUAUGAGAGAUUCAUUGACAAAGUUUACUUUUUUGAAGAAUAAAUUAUCUGAAACUGUCGAUGCUUAAUAGAAUAAGUGUUACGUUAGUCGAAUAAAAAAUAUUUAUUAUUUAAAA